AUGUACCGUUAUCGUACUGAGGCAAUACGCACUGCCAGCCAACGCGAUAUCCCCACCGUCGAGAGCAACGGAGGCAUCCUCCCAACCCACAACACAGCCAACAAGGCCAAGUCUACCGAAGCUGGCGGGCUAAGCAACGACAAUGGGCGCGGCGGCCUACCGUCUCGACCCUCAGGCCUACGAGCCUCCCAGAGCAACGGCGGCACAUAUGGAGGAGAUGGAGCAAGAGACAUUGGCGGUGACGCUGAGAAGUCCGCACACAACACCGCGGAGGACUCAACAUCCCAGUCCGCACCUCCCCCAGCUCCGCCACCCAUCAAGUCCGAAGUUGCGGGCCCUGGAGAUGCCACCAUAGAAUCUACCGAAGGAAACAAGAACAAACCACCUAUCACCACCCGCAUGAAGAAUGGCUGCAAGCGCUUUGGCUCGCACUUCAAGAAUGCCAUCUGUCACAGUUGGGUCAACGUCCUUCUCAUUGCUGUACCCGCUGGUAUCGCCGCAGAAGCAGCACAUCUCAGUCCAGCAGCCAUCUUUGCCAUCAAUGCAGUCGCCAUCGUACCACUCGCUGGACUGCUCAGUCACGCCACCGAGAGCGUGGCCAGCAGACUUGGAGAUACUCUUGGAGCACUCCUCAAUGUCUCCUUCGGCAACGCUGUCGAACUGAUCAUCUUCAUCAUCGCACUGGUGAAGAAUGAGAUCCACAUUGUUCAGGCAUCCUUACUGGGCUCGAUUCUGGCCAACUUACUACUCAUCCUGGGCAUGGCUUUCUUGUUUGGCGGCCUCCGCUUUCGAGAGCAGAUUUACAACAGCACCGUUACACAGAUGAGCGCUUGUCUCCUCAGCUUGAGUGUGAUGAGCUUGCUCCUGCCGACCGCCUUCCAUGCCUCUUUCAACGACCAGAAUCUCAAUCUAGCCAAUGCUUCGACUCUCAAGGUCAGCCGUGGUACAAGUGUCAUCCUUUUGCUGGUCUACGUCCUGUACUUGCUGUUCCAGCUAAAGUCGCAUGCGUACAUGUAUGAGAGCACGCCACAAGCAGUCAUUGACGAAGAGUCGCAUCCUGGAGUACUGCACGACAUGAUGAACUCGUCAUCGUCUUCCAGCGACAGCAGUAGCUCGGACAGCAGCGACUCAGAUACCUCAGGCUCAGGCUCCGUCACUACCAGGAAGAAGGUCACGCGAAUGAUCAAGCACCGAAUGCGCCGCAAGUCCAGUGUCAGUACGAGUAGUUCUCGCACUCACUCAAAGGCCACAUCUGCCUUGAGCUCUCCUACCACCCAGGAGCGUCAAGAGUACAUCGAAGACCCAGCACUCGACAAUGGUGCCACUCGUCGUGAGUCCACACUUGCAGCUAUCGAUAGCGUCGAGGAUGCAGAUGCAGACAGAGAAGACAACGGACCAACCACUCAAAUACCUACCGAGUCUACCACCGGACAGCCAAAGGUCGGAUUCGCCGACGACGUUGAAGUGGUCCCAGCCCAGACUCCCACCAACCAGUCCGCUCGCCUCGCGUUUAACAUGCGCGGGUUGUCUUCGCGUGUCAGGCCUGCAUUACCGUCAAUGUUGUCUAACAACGUCUUCGUGCAGCCACGACCAACUCCUUCGCCAGCUGCUCAACGUCCCAACUUUACACGCCCGGUGUCGGCUGGAGCUGCAAACCUCCGCCGCACCAGCUCUUUACCCGAACGCCUGAACCGCGAGACCACACCCACUCCUGGCACCAACUACGUACGCACGGAUCCUCUGCCACCCUACCAGCACCAGCAGUAUCGCGUUCGUGCGGGCAACCAGCCAGCGCCGACCAAAGAGGAGGAAGAGAUCGGUGAACCAGACAUGUCCAAGACAGCAGCUGUUGUCCUGCUGUUGUGCAGCACAGCUCUGGUCGCUGUCUGCGCCGAGUUCAUGGUCGACGCUAUCCCGGAGAUGAUUGCUGGCAACGGUGCAGUUGGUGAGGCCUUCAUCGGUCUCAUUAUCCUGCCCAUCGUUGGUAACGCAGCAGAGCACGUCACAGCAGUCACCGUUGCCGCCAAGAACAAGAUGGAUCUCGCAAUCGGUGUCGCUGUCGGCUCCAGCAUCCAGAUCGCACUCUUCGUCACUCCAGUCGUGGUCUUGCUCGGAUGGAUUCUGGACACUAACAUGAGUCUGUACUUCAACAUCUUCGAGACUAUCAGUCUGUUUGUCACCGUCUUCGUCGUCAACUUCCUGGUCCUCGACGGGCGCAGCAACUAUCUGGAGGGCAGUCUGUUGAUCGCGGCUUAUGUUAUCAUCGCCCUCGUGGCCUUCUUCUAUCCCGAGUCUGACGCUUCGAGCGCCAUCGGUGAUGGAAUUGGCGGAACCUAG